UCCUUUCUCUUUCGCCAUACACACGCACAGUAUUCCACAGCUGCCAUGGGGUUGGGGGACCCCUCCCCGUCCCGCCAGGUGCCCUGCCCCAAUACUCCCAGAAGACACGGGGGUGCGGGUGGGGGAGAUCCCAACCUCAGCCGCACGGCAAGCGCCGCACCGGUGUCGGUGUCGCGCCACAGGGGAGACUGUGGGCUCAGCGCGUGGCGCCCGGAGCAUCUGACUAGAAGAGUUUGGGGAGGGGGUGGAAAUCCCCGAACAAAGCCAGGUCCCCGCGGGGGACCUGAAGACGACUUGAGGAAACUGAGGCAGAGCGCCAGAUGUGCAGACGGGCCGACUGCCCUCGCCAGGGGCCCCGCCCCUCGGCUUGGCGGCUCCGCGGCGCGCAGCACCUUUUGCUCAACCCGAGUUAGCCAAGAGGGGCGCCCUACCCACCUCCUACGCACUCCCCAAACUCCCCGGCACGCCGUCCUGUCUCCCAGUCUCCGGUCAAAAGGGCUUGGAUUCCGCCUUCUCGGAGCCAACUUCCUGCCGCUGGGUGGCCUGAACCUGAAACAGCUGUCUGCAAGUACGGAUUUAUUCUGGCCCAUCCCUGGGACCCUGGAAUUGGAGGAGAGCACGGGAUCCCCUUUACUCAACAAGAAGCCACGAAGCACCUACUGUGUGUCAACGCAGCAAUUAGGCACCAAGGCCUAUUGUGUGUUCAUUUAAAAAAUAAUCAAGUUCCUACCAUGUGCCACGCACUGUCCCAAAUACAGAGCUGAUUUUUGCCUUGAUAGGAUCCCAGAAUUCGGCGCUGCCUCCUGUCCCCUAGAAGACGCAACCCACAGCCUACCUGCCUUUGCCCAUGGCUGCCCCGCCCUCGCUGCCAGGUCCAAGUUGUACCCUGCCUUCCAACUUGGGGCCCAUCCUCUAUCUGGUUCUUGAGUUUCCCCCUCUUUUCCUCAUUCAGCCUGCACUAGUUGUGAACAUGCAUAAGUAACCUGCUUAUAUGUUUAUUUACCAAACACACUAAACAUCUGGUAGGUGCCAGACACUGUUCUAAAGGAUAGAGACAAAUCAGGGUACAAAACAGGCAAAACUCCCGGCCCCGUGCGGCUGAUGUUCUACCUGAUGUGUGCAGAAUAUCCAGAAUAUUGCAAGAAGAAACUGGUAAAUGUCCUGGGGAAGGAGGCGGUUCCACUCUAUGAAUCCUUUGUACCUUUUGGCUGUUGUAACGUGCACAUUAUUGUAACAUGUUUAAAUAUUCCAACAAUAAAUUAAAUUAAAAAUUAAGCCUGCUUGCCCA